AUGCGAUCACAGCAUGAAUCACAGACUUUCCGACUGCCACACCAUUCAUCCUCCAGUUCCAGUAGUUCUCCCCCACCUGCUAGUUGCAAGCGCAAUUCAUCAUCGGCGUCUCAGUCUGGCCCUGAACGUCCCUUAUUUGACUCAACAUAUCAUUCGCGCAGCCGGAGCAGAUCAGAGGGAGCUUCUGACAGUCGCACUCAGGCUAGUGGCGGUCGUGAUUUUGAUAUGGUGUUCAAUCCACCUGACUUGGAGGAUGUCAUUGAGGAUGGUCAUGGCAGCCAUCAUGAUUUUGAGUAUGAUGCACCACACGAUACCUUUGAGGAUCGGCAUUCUGCUGAGCCGCCGGCAGACUCUACAGGUGGCUUGGAUGUAGAUCAGCCUCCUGGUAGUAGUGCUAGUUCUGACAGCCAAGCUUGGAGUCGACCUCAGACGCCAUACAACGAUCGUGUCGAGUUUGAAGUUGCUGAUUUCCUGUACCGUCGCAACCAAAUGUCUGCAGGCGAUAUUGAUUUUGUAUUCAAUCUGUGGGCAGCUUCAUUAGCAGCUCACGGUGAUACCCCGCCAUUCACAAACCACACUGACAUGUACGACACCAUCGAUUCAACUCCUCUCGGUGAUGUUCCCUGGCAAAGCUUCAGCUCGCAGUACAACGGAAUUUUACCUGACGACCCGGAUGACAUUCCAUCAUGGAUGAAGUCUGAGUAUGACGUAUGGUUCCGAGACCCUCGGCUCCUGGUUCACAACAUCAUAUCAAACCCGGAUUUCAAGGAUGAAUUCGACUAUGCACCACUACAGGAGUAUAGCGUUAGUGAUGGAGCGCAUCAAUUUCAGGACUUUAUGUCUGGCGACUGGUGUUGGAAACAGGCCGACUUAAUUGCGCAAGAUCCGGAUACAAUAGGAUCGAUGUUCGUCCCUAUUAUCCUUGGAAGUGACAAGACAACAGUCUCUGUCGCCACUGGCCAUAACCAAUAUUGGCCGGUCUAUAUGUCCAUUGGCAACAUCCGCAACAAUGUGCGGCGUGCACACCGCAAUGGUGUCGUACUACUUGGCUUCUUAGCCAUUCCAAAAGCUGAUAAUGAAGACACCAAGGACGCACACUUCCGAAAGUUCCGCCGCCAGCUUCUACACUCGUCACUUGCAAAAAUGCUUGAAACCCUCAAACCUGGCAUGACCAAACCGGAGGUUGUCCGUUGCCCUGAUGGCCACUUUCGACGAGCUGUGUAUGGUCUUGGACCAUACAUAGCUGACUAUCCCGAGCAAGCACUGCUUGCAUGUAUUGUACAAAAUUGGUGUCCAAAAUGCACCGCACCAGCAGAUGGUCUCGAUGAAGGCACAUAUGGCCGACGUUCCCGCAAUCACACCGAAGUUUUGGUUGAGGAAUUUGAACUAGGUGUUCUGUGGGAUGAAUAUGGCCUUGUUGGAGACAUUGUGCCAUUCACUAAUUACUUUCCACGCGCCGACAUACACGAGCUUCUCUCCCCAGAUAUCUUACACCAGCUCAUCAAGGGAGCGUUCAAGGACCACCUAGUUAGUUGGGUGCACGACUACAUCGAAGCUCAAUAUACAGAAGCCAACGCGAACAAGAUACUGGACGACAUUGACCGUCGCAUCGCUCUAGCUCCAGCGUUUGCAGGCCUUCGACGAUUUCCAGAGGGUAGAGGAUUCAAACAGUGGACUGGUGACGACUCAAAAGCUCUCAUGAAGGUCUAUAUACCUGCUAUCGAAGGUCAUGUACCCAAAGAGAUGGUACAGGCUUUGCGAGCGUUACUCAACUUCAUCUACAUCGCUCGCCGCAUCAUCAGCUCUAACAGCCUUGAUGCAAUGGACGAUGCCUUGAAGCGUUUCCACAGGUACCGCGAGAUAUUCCGAACAUCCGGUGUUCGACCCAGAGGAUUUAAUCUCCCUCGACAACAUUCACUCAUCCAUUACCAUAAGCUCAUUCGAGCGUUCGGCGCACCAAAUGGGCUUUGUUCGUCUAUAACAGAGUCCAAACACAUUAAAGCCGUCAAGGAGCCAUGGCGCCGGUCGAGUCGUUUCGAGGCUCUCAGUCAAAUGUUACUUACCAAUCAGCGUCUCGACAAGCUAGCCGCUUCACGCGUUGAUUUUGUUGACCACGGGAUGCUACGAGGGACAUGUUUGUCAUACAUCCUCAACAAACUUGGGAUACUAAAUGCUCCAUUGGAAGCACACAUCGAACAAGAUGUCCCAGACCAGGAUGAGCCUUUUGGACGCUACCAUCAUGCAACUAAUGAUGGCGAAGGUAGUGCAGACGAGGGUGAGGGUAACACCAAUGCUGAGCCUGAUGCUGAUGCUGUUGAUGGGCCAAUGGUCCUUGCCCAUGUUGACCUGGCGAAGACAGCUGCCAGACGGAUCUACCCAGAGCUCAUUGCAGAUCAGAUAGGUCAACCCAACUUCACAACUUUGAUUCAGCAUUUUCUGCGUGACCAAUGCCAUGCUGACUCUGACUCAUCUAGCUCUGACUCCUCCCGGUCUGCACUUCCUGAGAUCUAUGAAAAGAUCACACUGUACACUUCAGCCGUGGCCACCUUCUUUGCUCCUAGUGAUUUAUCGGGGAUUGGCGGUAUGCGCUACGAGUGUAUUCGCGCUGUAGAUACGUGGAGAAAUGGCCCUGGGCGCUAUGAUUGUGUCUUUGUUAGCACUGAUUCGUCUGCCGAUGGCAUGCGCGGCCUCGACAUUGCUCGAGUGAGACUAUUUUUUUCUUUGAAGCAUGAUGGUAUCACGUACCCUUGUGCACUUGUACAGUGGUUCAAACGUGUGGCUGACUCCCCAGAUGAAAUUACGGGAAUGUGGGUUGUAGAGCCAGAGCUUCUUGAAGAUGGAGCAUGCUGUGUGUCUGUCAUCCACCUUGAUAGUAUAUUUCGUGCGGCCCACCUUAUACCAGUAUUUGGGGGCGACUUUGUGCCAACCAAUCUCACUUACUUGCAGACACUCAACGCUUUUUGCACUUAUUAUGUCAACAAUUUCAUUGAUCAUCAUGCAUAUGAGAUCGCAUUUUGA